AUGACUUCUUCAAAGAUUCAAAAAGAUAUUGUGAGUGCAUAUAAAAUAAAGAACAUUAAAGUUAUUCUUGAUGAAUUAAAUGGUUACUUUGCCUUGCUAGUUGAUAAAUCCUUUGAUGUGUCACGCAAGGAGAAAAUGGCUAUUGUAUUUCGAUAUAUUGAUAGAAAGGGAUUUGUGAUGGAGCGACUUAUUGACAUUGUUCAUGUUCAAGAUACUAGUGCUUUAUCUCUAAAGGAGGCAAUUGUUAAUUUACUUGCUCAACAUUCUUUGAGUCCAUCAAGUGUGCGUGGACAAUGUUAUGAUGGGGCAAGAAAUAUGCAAGGUGAGAUCAAUGGCCUUAAAAUGAUGAUUAGGCGAGAAAGUAGAUUGACUCAUUCCAUCGAUUUUUUUGCUUAUCAACUUCAACUAACUCUUGUUGGGGUCUCUAAAAAGUGUGUUGAAGUGGGAAAACUUGUAGUAUUGGUCUCAAAUAUUUUAAAUAUAUUGGGAUCAUCUUUUAAACGUAUGGAUGAAUUACGUGAUUCUCAAAAAGAAAUAAUUAAAGAGGCAUUAGAUAUGGGUGAACUUACAACCGGUAGGGACUUGAAUCAACAACUUGGUCUUUCAGUAGCUUGUGACACUCGUUGA